GACUUUGAUCCUUCAAUUUGCCAACAUUGAACAUACUUUGGAUCGCAUUUAAAAUUGACGCCAAUUAGUCCGUGCGGAAAUUUACAGCAAGCGGAGCAGAAUUCCACCAUGUCUCGAGUUUUGGUUGGAGUUAAGCGUGUAAUCGACUAUGCUGUAAAGAUUCGCGUGAAACCGGACAAGUCCGGGGUGGUCACUGAGGGUGUGAAACACUCGAUGAACCCUUUCGAUGAAAUUGCCGUAGAAGAAGCGGUAAAAUUGAAGGAGAAAAAGAUCGCAUCCGAGGUGGUGGCCGUCUCCGUUGGUCCUGCUCAAUCGCAGGAAGUACUCCGCACCGCGCUGGCCAUGGGUGCAGAUCGUGGAAUUCACGUCGAAGUGGCAGGCAAGGAGUUCGAUCUAUUGCAACCGAUUCAUGUGUCGAAAAUAUUAGCCAAGCUGGCGCAGGACGAGAAGGCGGAUUUGGUAAUACUCGGUAAGCAGGCCAUCGAUGAUGAUUGCAAUCAGACCGCGCAGAUGACUGCCGCCGUUUUGGACUGGCCGCAAGCUACCUUCGCCUCGAAGGUCGACAAGGACGGUGAUAUGUUGACGGUUGUGCGCGAGGUUGAUGGUGGAUUGGAAACGAUUAAGGCCAAAAUGCCGGCAGUGGUUAGCGCGGAUCUGCGCCUUAACACGCCGCGCUAUGCGACCCUUCCCAACAUCAUGAAAGCGAAGAAAAAGCCGAUCAAAAAAGUGGCACCCAAAGAUUUGGGUGUCGACACCACGCCUCGUAUCGAAGUUGUUUCCGUUGAAGAUCCACCCGUUAGACAGGCGGGAUCCGUAUUGCCCGAUGUGGAUACCUUGCUCGGUAAGCUACGUGACGGAGGUCAUAUCAAGUAAGGUUCGUCCACAUGCAUGCACAAGGAAAUGCGAAUAUUUAAAUAUUUACACCGGAGUAGAAAAUAUGAUUGAAGAUUGUUAGAUUGUCGAUAAGAUCGAAAGUAAUAAAGCUGAUACUAAUGCAACAUUUGUCUCAUGUUGCCCAACACA